CCUUUCGUUCUAUCACAAAAUUCACAAUUCACAGUCACAGCCUCCUCCCCCCAAAACCUCACCAAAUCUUUGCUAAACCCUUCAUACGAAUACACAGUCUCAUCCAAAAAUGGUGAGCAAAAGACAGAGACUAGCUAAGAAGAGGUACAGAGAAGAACACCCAGACCAGUUCCCAAAGCCUGAGCCAACGCCCCCUAAAGACCCAGACAAGAAGAAGAAAACGAUGAGCAAGUUCAAGCGCAAAAAGUCUGAAUCCAGUGCUUCCAAAGACCCAAACAAACCCUUCAGAAAAGGGUUUACGAAACACCCACUAAGAGUCCCUGGGAUGAAGCCUGGUGAAAGCUGUUAUAUUUGCAAAGCUAAAGAACAUAUUGCCAAGCACUGCCCUGAGAAAGCUCAAUGGGAAAAGAACAAGAUAUGCUUGCUUUGUCGGCAUCGAGGGCAUAGUGUCAAGAAUUGCCCUAACAAGAAUGAUGAGACAAUGGAGAAGAAGUUCUGCUAUAAUUGUGGGGAAUCCGGGCAUUCGCUUGUUCAGUGCUCCCAACCUCUUCAAGAAGGAGGAACUAAGUUUGCCAACUGCUUUAUAUGUAAUGAACGUGGACACUUGAGCAAGGAUUGUCCUCAAAAUACUCGUGGAAUCUAUCCAAAGGGUGGUUGUUGUAAAAUAUGUGGUGGUGUAACACAUUUGGCAAAAGAUUGUCCUAACAAAGGAUACAGAGGUUCUGUAGCUGCUGCUGGAGCUGGUUACACAUCAUAUGUUAAUGAAGAGAGGCCAAGAGGGCAAGUGAUCAAAUUUGCUAGCGGUGAUGAUCUUGAGGAUGAUUUCUUUACUGAUGACAAACAUGGUGGUAACAAAGAUGGGUCCGAGUCAAAAGUUGGUUCGGCUUCUAAUUCCAAAGAAAGUUGUGUAAAACCAAAGAAGAAACAGGGGCCCAGUAUUGUGAAUUUUGUGGAUUGAUAAAUUUUGUUGUAUCAUGAAAUUUUGGCAGGAAAAUUGCAACAUUCCAGA